UUGUCGCUCUUUCAAGCAUUCCAUUUGUGGCACUUUAUCUUUUUCAGGAGUGGAGUUAUUAACUUCGUUGCUGUGACGUUAGCUCUCUUCGAACUCGGCUACAAAUCCGGUGGUUGUCGAAUCGACAGCGGAGAUCUCGCGUACCUCUCAAAAGAAGUCCGAAGCCGAUUACGCAGAGUGGCUGGAUUAGAUCCGACCCUCAAAUGGAUCGAGGACAUAAUCAUUGUUGCUUCAAAUGAUAUCAACGAGGAGACAAUAAUGUCCCUGAAUGAGCAGUCGCAUGAAAUCGAUGCAUUCGGAGUCGGAACACAUCUUGUCACCUGCCAGAAACAACCAGCACUUGGUUGUGUCUAUAAGUUGGUCGCGCUAUCAGGACAUCCGAAAAUCAAGCUGAGCCAAGAGGUGUCAAAAAUCACGAUUCCUGGUCGGAAAAAAUGUUUCCGCCUGUAUGGAAAAACUGGUUACGCUAUACUGGAUUUGAUGGUGUUGGAGGAGGAGCCAGAACCGCAGGCGAAUAAGCAGAUUCUGUGUCGUCACCCCUUCGAGGAAUCAAAAAGAGCUCUAGUUGUGGCGAGUCGAGUCGAACCUCUUCACGAAGUGUUCUGGAGCGAUGGCAGAAUUGUCAAAGAGCUGCCGGAUCUGGCAGCUAUCAAGACUCGCGUGGAUAAUUCGUUGAGUAAUUUGCGGAAGGAUCAUCGGCGUUACCUCAAUCCAACUCCUUACAAGGUAUCGGUAUCGGAGAAGUUAUAUGAUUUUUUGCAUUCGCUGUGGCUCCAGAAUGCACCCAUUGGCCAGCUCGAAUAG